GAACUCUGUUAUAUAUCAUUGUUUGGAAAGCUCCUCCAUUAUAUGCUUGAUAUCUUUUUGGUAUGUGAACUUUGUACGAACCAUCUCAUUCAUUUUCAUUUUAGUGGUAGUGAUCUUGUUAUGAUAAUUAACCAGACUUAUAAACCAUAUGUUUGAAUAUUCCAGUUCCUUAGCUAUCCCCCUAAUUCUUUCUAAUUCUGCCUCCUUAUCCACUAUACUUGUUGUGGCGGCUGCAUAAUUGUAACUAGCGCUACAUCUGGAAAUCCAGGUGGCGCUGGCGCGACGCAUAUAUAAGCGUAUGCAGGCCGUCUGCCAUACUUCCUUCCCGACUUGUCAGCUACUAUCAUGUACACGUGGAUUCCAAUCAACCGGCCGUUAGGUAGACGAGACUUCUUUGUAUAUAGUGUAAAUAAAGUAAAUAGGAGAUAUAUGACUACGGUCUCUAUUCAUAUAUUCAGCGAACACAAUCAAGUGGUGUGACGAACGCCACAUUGGUGACCCGAACGUGAUUUCUCGUUCCGAAGCUAAUCCAACUACAUCGGCUGCUUUUCAUCGAAGUUCGGAAAACUAACAGGGCCAGAGACAUUCAUCAGCAUUCAGGACAAGCAAGUAAUAAUUAUUUUUUAUUUUUACGGUUUUUUCACACGUGCUGGAGGACAAAUGUCGAACGACAAUAACGGAAGCAUGGCAACCUACGUGCCAGAAAUCGCUCGGGUGGCGGUACGAGCCCCACCGUUCUGGAAGGCUAACCCGACCCUUUGGUUCGCACAAAUAGAAGCCCAGUUCGCAAACGCCAAUAUAACAGCCGACGAAACAAAAUUCAACCAUGUUAUUGCGGCCAUGGAGAGCGAAAUCCUCGCCCAAGUGAGCGACAUAGUCGUCCAACCUCCGAACAAAGAGAAAUACCUCACGCUCAAACGCCGAUUAAUUGACCAGUUCGCGGAUUCUGAACAACAGCGGCUACGAUUAUUGCUUCAAGGCAUUGAGCUAGGGGAUCAACGCCCGUCUCAAUUACUACGGAAGAUGCGAGAGUUAGCCACAAAUAGAAUUUCAGACGACGUGCUAAAGACACUUUGGCUCCAGCGCUUGCCAACAGCCGCUCAACAAAUACUAGCGGUAAGUGGCGAAGAUCUAACAAAAGUUGCCGAAUUGGCCGAUAAAAUUUGCGAAGUCACCGCACCAAUGGGCCAGAUUCAGGCCGUGUCACCGCCGCCGGCCGAGAACCACGUGGACGCGAUCGCCCAGUUGAAGGAACAGAUAUCACAAUUGUCCCUCCAGAUCCAACAAAUUACGGAGUCAAAACCCUACCGACGUAGCAGGCAUCGCAGCCGCCGUUUUUCGUCUCCCCAUCGAAACAGAAGCACAUCAGAGGGAAGGCAGGUCUGCUGGUACCACCGGAAGUUCGGAGACAAAGCAAACAAGUGCACGUCCCCCUGCCAAUUCCAGUCGGGAAACUGAUCGGGCCGUCGCUCGACGACACGGGCGACGGCCAGUCUAGGGGACAUAGGCUCUUCUUGCAUGACAGGGCCACGUCGACGCGUUUUCUGAUAGAUACAGGAGCGGACAUUUCUGUAGUCCCCCCAAC